GUCCAACGCAUUUGAUAGAUGACCCUUUGGAAGCCGAUGCCAGUGUAGGUGGUCAUGCUUGUGUGUGGCGGAGAUUUCUGGUCAGAUUGAGCCACAUCGCGACACAUCCUGUGAGCGGACAGUACCGGACAAGGGUUGAUAGUGCUGGUAGCGUGGUCCAACUCUCCGACAAGCGGCAUGGAGAAGCAUACGGCCGUGGGGUUGGUUCUGUUAGCGCUGUGUGUGUCCACGGCGUCAGCUGUGAGAGGUUCAUCGUACGAGGCCCAGUUGCUAGAACACCUUCUGACUAACCACGACUCGGAGCCGAGACCGGUGCUGAACAGCUCCCAUCCCGUCACCGUCAAGAUAGACGCCGCGCUGGCACAGAUCAUCUCAGUGGAUUCAAAGAACCAACAGAUCACGGUGAAUCUAUGGUACCGGUCGUACUGGACUGAUGAGACGAUGGCGUGGAACGAGUCUGACUUCGGCGGCGUGAACGCCAUCAGGGUCAGCAGUGAGAAGAUCUGGCGCCCGGACAUCGUGGUCUACAACAGCCUGGGAGCCUACUCGGACGCCUUUGCGGACUCGGAGGCGACGAUCUACUCCAGCGGCAGCCUGUCCUGGCUGUACCCGGUCAUCCUCACCUUCACCUGCGCCAUAGACGUCACCUACUUCCCGUACGACGAGCAGACCUGCGAGAUGCAGUUCGGAUCAUGGUCGUUCGAUGGCUUCAAAGUGGACGUCCACAACAGGUCAGCUGCGCCUGACUCCGGCAACUACCUGGAGAACGAGGAGUGGGAACUGGGGAGUUAUACGGUGCGACGUGAGGAGUUCUUCUACGGGUGCUGCCCCGAACCGUACCCCGUGGUGACCAUGUCCAUUUUCAUCCGGCGGAAGACACUCUACUACAACUACAACGUCGUGGCGCCCUGCAUUCUCAUCGUGUUUGUCAGCUUGUUCGGGUUCUGGGUGCCGGCUGAGUGCGGUGAGAAGCUGUCCCUGGGUGUGACUAUGUUGCUGUCACUGGUCGUCUUCAUGCAGAUCGUGUCACAAACGUUACCGGCGACGUCAACAUCCGUGCCAUACAUAGCUCAGUUUUUCGGAGGCACCAUUAUUCUGGUGGGAGUGUCUGUGUCGCUCUCGGCCUUCGGAAUCUACUUCCACUUUCACGAGCUGAACCUGAAGCCGCCGCCAACAUGGCUCAGGAGUGUCCUCUUGGUGGACGGGUACAAACCAUGGCAACUCAUGAAGAACAGGAAGAAGAAGAAGGUCGAACCGACCGUCAUCGCAAAUGAGGGCCUCGAAGUGGUAUCCAUGGACGACAAGGAGAAGGAAGCGGAGAUGAGUGGAGAGCUGAACGCCAAAGUGUCUCGGUUCGGCCACAACGGAAACAACAACUCCGGGAUGGGGCUGACGGUCACCACUCACAUGGAGAAGAUCGACAGCAACGUCGAGGCCCUAAGAAAGACAUCUGACGAGAACGAAGAGCAGGAGGAACUGCGGGACAUGUGGAAGACGCUGGCGGUGCAGCUGGACAAGGUGCUGAUGGUGGGCAUCCUGGUCGCCUUCGUGGUCAUGACCGCCGCCAUGUUCGCCUCCCUGCCUCCGGGAAUCCUGCGCUGAAACGGGCACGGGAUUCGUCCAGAAAUUCGGUUUAUUUUUUUUAUACGCUCGGUGUUUGCGCUUAGAAUUACAACAACUGUAUAAAACCGUUGUCAACUGCGCUUGCGCUACUGCGUGACUAGAUAUUCAAAACAGCUUUUGUGCUAUUGAUAUGACAUAGACAAAGCGGUCUUCGUCAACUGACGUACGAACAACAUUUUGGCUACCAUAAUCAUUGUCUGAUAGAAUAAUUGAGUUGAAUGCGUAUUGUACAUAGCACAAACAUUUGCCCUUAAUACCGCUUGCCAAUUUUUGCAUCGUUGAUUUGCCCAUUAUGUUUCAAUACCAUCUUUAAACACCAGAAAAGCCGGAGAAUCUUGCCGUUAUCCAUUAGUUUGUCUGUGUUGCGGUGCUUUUGCAGAAUGUACAGCUAUAAAGAAGAAAUAAUGUCGAUGUCACUGUAAGUAUUAGUUAUCAGGUUUUCUUCAUAUGAUAUCAUUACCACUCGGUGUUAGAUAAGCUCUACUUGUAGGGAGAUUUGCAAACAACAUCAAAUGCUUUUAUAUUGAAGAUUUUAGUGUAGAAUAGAAAAGAGAGGGAUUCGAAAUAAGAAAAUGAAAAUGACUGGGAUACCCCCAAAAAGUGGAUUGGCUCUCUAAAAUACUUAAAAUAUCCAGCAAUGCGAGAGUGUGUUGUGUUAUCAAGAAUGUGUUGGAGUAAGAUGGUAUAAGCACUAGUUUUCUCAAUGGCUAUAAAUCUGUAUAUGUAUAUGAAAAUAUUUUUUAUAUUACACAAAUGCUGCUAUAAAAGUUUAAUGCCGUUAACUUAGAAAAUAAGUGGUUGAGUCAAAAAGAGUGAGAAACUAGACAAGUAAACACCCAGGUGAUAUUGAUAAUAACUACAUUAAUGUACAUAUUUAAAAAAAUGUAACUGUCAUAUCGCUACGUCUUAAAUUUGAAGAUAUGUUUAUUUUGCUUUGUUCAGGAUAUGUUGGCGUGAAUGUUAUUUUGACAAUUGCCAUUUAUCAAUUGCAGCGCAUUGGUUCUGUUUGAUAUCCUGAUUUUGUGUGAUCUGUUUCUUUGUUUGUGAUUAAAUUUUUCUAUUAAAAGUAUUUCUUUUACAAGAUGA